CUCCAGAAAAAUACUAGCUUAAGUAUCAGAGUUUCUCCCCGAGGACCAACCUCAGGAUUUUGUAGUAAGUGGCGAAUGUGUAUUGACUACACCAAUCUCAAUGACGCCUGCCCUAAGGACUGUCACCUCAUGCCCAACAUAGACAAGCUGGUAGAAGUUGCCUCAAGAAAUGAAAGGUUGAGUCUCUUAGAUGCUUAUUUGGGGUAUCAUCAAGUUCACAUGGCACCUGAAGACGAGGUGAAGACCACAUUUUAUGCUGGGGAUGAAAUCUAUUGUUACGUGAUGAUGCCAUUUGGGGUUCAAGAAUGCAGGAGCAACAUAUCAAGAAAUGGUAACAAUCGUAUUCCGAGCUCAGAUAGAUACAGCAUGAAAUUGAAUCCAGUGAAAUGCACUUUUGGUGUUGAAUUGGGCAAGUUUCUGGGUGUUAUAGUUUCCAGAAGGGGGAUAGAGGUCAAUCUUAAGAAGAUAAAAGCGAUAGAGGAAAUGAAGCCACCAAGGUCAACUAAGGAUAUGCAGCGUCUAACUGGUUGGGUAGCAGCUCUGCACAGACUGUCGAACAACCUUGACGAGCUCAAAGCCUACCUCAGCUCGCCACCUCUAUUGACUAAGGCUAAAGAAGGAACUGAGGAAGCAGCAACGAUAUUACAAGGAGCUGAACAGAGUAGUGCUGGGGGAGUUCCAGAUAACAUUCCGGCGGAGGUCAGCAAUCUGAGAUACGGGAUACCAAACCAGAUCAUUGCUAAUAAUGGUCCUCAAUUUAAUUGCAACUCCGUUAAAGAUUUUUGCUCCAGUUAUGGGAUUAAGCUAGUGUUCACUUCAGUUUGUCAUCCCGAGGCCAAUGGCAUGGUUGAAUCAGUUAACAAAGCCAUCAUAGAGGGAAUCAAGCCAAGUUCUAAGAAAGGCUGGCUCGUAGGGUUCGAGACCCACUUUGGUAAACUGGCACUGAACUGGGAAGGCCCAUAUGUUGUAAACGAAAUCCCACACCCUGGUGCUUACAUUCUCCAAGAUUCUGAGGGAAAGAGAGUGCCUAGGGUCUAGAAUGUCAACAACCUCAAGAAAUUCUACCCUUAAAAGUUUCCCAUUUCAAUACUUGUAUUAGACAUCCUUCUUUUGUAACAUUUGAUGUCUUAAUAAAGUUACGGGUGAAGU